AUGUUUCAUUGCCUGUUAUAUCUCACCUUAAUUCUAACAACAGCUAUCGCCCAUGCCAGACUGUCUAUAAUACCGCGUUAUAAUGUCAAAACAGUAUUGCCCCAAAGAAAUAAUGUGAUAUGGCGAAAAUACAUAUCAAAAUCCCGCACAUGGCUGAAGAAUGGUUUCGAGGAAUCGAACGAAGUUGCAAAACACAAAAGGACUGCUAAUUUGGUAAAUGGAUCUUCCAGAGGAGGAGAGAAACAUAAAAAUGAAACACUGGGACACAAAAGCCAACGUCACGUGAGAAAUGGAUACAUAAACACGCCGAACACAUUCUUACGCGAAUGUUUAUGCGCCCAUAAUUAUAAGCGAUGGCUUCACGGCAUACCAAGCCUACGAUGGUCGGCGAAGUUGACAAAGGUGGCUCAACGUCGAGCAGAUGAGCUGGCGUUGAUGAACAGCACUAGUAUUUCAAAACUGAGAGUGAACGAAAACGAAAAUAUAUAUGUUGAAAAGAUUGUUGAUCUUUCAAGAUCCUGUCCUCGCGCAGUGGAAUUCUGGUACAAGAAAAGCGACAAAUAUAACCACACACAAAACGAUCUUUCUAGCGAUGCAGAACACUUCACCCGCUUUCUUUGGCCGUCGUCAUCAACCCUUGGUGUUGGUCGCGCCAUCUCUUCGUCAGGAAACGUAAUCGUGGUGGCGAAAUAUCGACCUAUUGGGAAUGUACAAGGGAAGUUUAAAGCAAACGUAAAAAAGACUAUUUCGGAGAACAGUUUAAACGUAGAAACAGCUUGUUCCAUCAACCACAUGGAUGAAAGAGUAACGUCUGGUCCUGAUACUGUUGUGCCAGCCGCAGACUUAGAGUUUAAUUUCCCAGACUUAGCUAGUAUGGAAAGAGAUUUAUCAGGUUCAGCACUUAGAAAAUUUAAAACCUCGUCAUCUCUGCCUGGUAGUUCCCGUGGAGUCUCUAGUGAUUCAUUAAAUGCACGCAUUAUUUCUAAUUAUUCGUCGGCUAAUGCACCUAAUAAUCUUAGUGAUUUGGGUAAUUCCAGAGAUCCAACUGGUGGCAAUAAUCAAUCUCUUGCACCACCUGGUAAUAUGUCUACCUCGAAAGGUCCACCUGGAAAUGCAAUUUCCUCUAGCAAUACUACCACACCUGGAGGUCCACCUGGUAGCACUACAUCGGCUGAAAGUCCACCUGGUAGUACUUCUACGUUUGGAAGCCUAUCUACUAGUUCUACCUCAUUUGGAGGAAUCCCUGUUAGAACUACUUCCUCUAGUGGUCCACCUGGUGAUAAUUCUUUCUCAGGAGGUCCACCUGGUAUUAUGACCUCCUCUAGUGGCCCACCUGGUAGUGCUACCUCCGCUGUAGGCCUAUCUUCUACUAAUUCGUCUGGAGGUUCACUGACUGGUAGAACGACUUUCUCUAGAGGCCCACCUGGAAGUACUACUACCUUCGUUGGAGGUCCACCUGCUAGUACAACUUCCUCCGCAGGUCCACCAGGUAGUACAACUUACUCUGGAGGCCCACCUGGCAGUACUAAUACCUUCGCUGGAGGUCCACCUGGUAGUACAACUUCUUCCGCAGGUCCACCUGGUAGUACAACUUCUUCCGCAGGUCCACCUGGUAGCACAACUUACUCUGGAGGCCCACCUGGCAGUACUAAUACCUUCGGUGGAGGUCCACCUGGUAGUACAACUUCUUCCGCAGGUCCACCUGGUAGCACAACUUACUCUGGAGGCCCACCUGCUAGUACUACCUCUGCUAAAGGUCCACCUGGAAGUACUGCUAAGGCAGGAGGCCCAGCUACUAGCACUACUUCUUUUGGAGAACCACCUGGGAGCACUACUUCCUCUAAUGGCCGACCUAGUAGUAAUAAUUUCUCCGGAGGUCCACCUGGUAGUAUGACUUCCUCUAGUGGCCCAGCUGGUAGUGCUACCUCCGCUGUAGGCGUGUCUACUAGUACUAACUCUUCUGGAAGUUCAACUGGCAGUACGCCUUCCUCUAGUGACCCACCUGGAAGUACUACCUUCGCUGGAGGUCCACCUGGUAGUACAACUUCCUCCGCAGGUCCACCUGGUAGUAUGACUUCCUCUAGUGGCCCACCUGGUAGGGCUACCUCCGCUGUAGGCGUGUAUACUAGUACUAACUCUUCUGGAAGUUCAACUGGCAGUACGCCUUCCUCUAGUGGCCCACCUGGAAGUACUACCUUCGCUGGAGGUCCACCUGGUAGUACAACUUCCUCCGCAGGUCCACCUGGUAGUAUGACUUCCUCUAGUGGCCCACCUGGUGGUGCUACCUCCGCUGCAGGCCUAUCUACUAGCACUAAUUCUUCUGGAGGUUUAACGGGUAGCACGACUUCCUCUAGUGGCCCAAAUGGAAGUACUACCUUCGCUGUAGGCGUGUCUACCAGUACUAACAACUCUUCUAGCGGUUCAACUGGCAGUACGCCUUCCUCUAGUGGUCCACCUGAAAGUACCACCUUCGCUGUAGGCGUGUCUACCAGUACUAACUCUUCUGGCGGUUCAACUGGCAGUACGCCUUCCUCUAGUGGCCCACCUGGAAGUACAACUUCCUCUGCAGGUCCACCUGGUAGUAUGACUUCCUCUGGUGGUCCACCUGGUAGUGCUACCACCGCUGGAGGCCCAGCUGUUGGUACUACCUUAUCCAAAGGCCCAUUUGGUAAUAGCAAAACAACAUCUGGGGGCCCGCCCGGCAGAACAACUUCAACUAACGGUCCUCCUGGUACUUCUGAAGCUGCUUCUGGUAGUUCUGGUAAUUCCGCAGCUCCAUCUAGUGGUUCUGGUCAUUCAGAAGGUCCAUCUGGUAGUUCUAAUAAUUCUGGAGCUCCGCCUGGUAGUUCAGGUACACCUAAAGGUCCGCCUGGAAGUUCUGGUAAUACGGAGGGUCCACCUAUUAGUUCUGGUAUCAUCGAAGGCCCACCUGGUAGUUCUAGUACAUCUGGAGGUUCGCCUAGUAGUUCAGAUAAAUCUGAAGGUCCACCUGGAAGUUCUGGUAAUAGUGAGGAUCCACCAAGUAGUUCUCAUAUGAUCGAAGGCCCACCAGGUAGUUCUAGCAAUUCUGGAGGCGUGCCAGGCAGUUCAGGUAAUACAAAAGGUCCACCUGGAAGUUCUGGUAAAACCGAAGGCCCGCCUGGUAGUUCUGGCAUUAUCGAAGGCCCAUCUGGUAGUUCUGGCAUCAUCGAAGGCCCGCCUGGUAGUUCUAGUAACUUUGGAGGUCGGCCCAGUAGUUCUGGUGGUAGUAUAAUUAGUACACUGCCGGACGUGGUUGAAGAAAUAACUUCAGUAAACACAUCGUUCAAGCCUGCUUCAAGAAUAAAUUAUCAACCUAGUUUCACAAUUCCGAUUUUUCAUUUGCCACAAAACCAAACAGCACCAGAUAUCAUCGGUAGACGUUUCAACGUUACCAUUGUGCUCUUACAACAACCGUUCCGAGCUGACCUGCUACAUAGGAACAGCAUUAUUUUUUACCAAAUUAAAAGCGCCUUGGAACAAGCGAUCCGCAAUCUUUACGCCGACAAUUCAUUCUUUCUUGGUGUCCAAGUGACAGAAUUUCGUGCAAUUAACAAAGAUUUCACUGGCCGGUCAGCUAUUUCUGGGCGUCCUACAAUAAGCUAUAGCGAGCUUGUCACUGUUGCCAUUCUGAAGUUAAAUUUCAAAGAGGUAAUGAAAGGCCAUCUCCGGCUCCUGAAUAGGCAAUUAGAGAGUGGAAUACUUGGCAGUGUUUUCGUUAAAAGAACUCUAUUCGCAGUUCGCAUUGAUAAAGACUCGUGCACUUCACAUUGCAAGAAACCUCAUUAUUGUUUUCCUUCAUGCACGGCGUUAUGUUGUUUACCUGAUGAUAUACUAAAAUGCCCAAGUGAAUGCUAUAUCUUCUGCAGCCCACGUUGCCCGUGGCAUUGCUGCUGGAAUAAAACAUCAUGGCUUGAACGAUAACAGCGACCAUCUUCUGGAACAUGAAACACAGCUGCCAGCAAGUGUUAAAUAACCCCUAACCCAGUGUCGGAAUGUAGUCUAAACGGGAGUAAGAAAAUGGCCAUUCCGCCAUCUUAGGCCUGUUUUCCACUUCAACCGUAUCGUAACGUAACGUAACGUAUUUCUUUGUUUCCGAGAUAUUC